AUGACGAUGAUAUGCGAUCUUCCGCCGGAAUUGGUAGGGAAGAUAUUCACCAAGAUUCCGAUAACAUCUCUGGGAGCAGUCCGAUCCACUUGCAAAUUAUGGAACGCUUUAUCCAAAGAGUGGGUUUUGGGUGAAGCAGCGGCAAGGCAGCAGUGUGUGGGGUUCAUGACGAAUGAGUCUAAGGUCUGUUCAUUAAGAAUCGAUGUUCAAGGAAUCCGCAAGGGAGAGGACGAGUUGGUGGAUCCAUCUGUAAAUCAGGUAGAUAUAUUCAAUCAAGUCGAAAUAUCUAAAGUCUUUCACUGCAACGGCUUGUUGUUAUGCGUCGUCAAGGACAAGUCUAGGCUCGUGGUGUGGAACCCUUAUCUGGGACAAACAAGGUGGAUCGCACCAAGAACAAAGUUCCACAUAGGAGACAUGUACGCUCUAGGAUAUGACAAGAACAACCGUAACCACAAGAUCUUGAGGUUUUUGGAUGAUAAAUAUAAAAACCUUGUUGAGUACGAAAUCUACGACUUGAGCUCUAAUUCAUGGAAGGUUCUCAAGGUCACUUCCGACUGGGAAAUAGAGUUUUGUCAAGGCGUGUCUGCCAAGGGAAAUACCUACUUUGAUGCUUUAGAAGCGGCUGGAGAUGGACUCAAACAUAUCUUGUUUUGUUUUGAUUUCACAAGAGAGAGCCUUGUACCGCGUCUGCCUUUUCCGUGUGAUGAAGAUGAAGAGCCUUGCUGUUAUGAUGAAGUGACAGUGGUUCUCUCAUGUGUUCGAGAAGAGCAGCUCGCUGUGCUAUAUCAGAUGCAUUAUAAGGAAAAAUUGGAGAUUUGGGUUACCAUUAUGAUUGAGCCCAACGCUUUGUCUUGGAGCAAGUUUUUAAUAGUGGAUUUAAGCCAACACAUUACCCUUGAUGCUCGGUUUAACGAGGGAGUUGGAGCCUUCUUCAUUGACGUGGAAGAGAACGUCGCUGUGUUUUCCGGUUUACACGAUCUUAUACCCUCAAAGACCGCUGAAUACCCCACAGCCUUUAUCAGUGGACGAGUUGGAUACUUAAAAACUGUGAGUUUCAGAGGGAGUCCCAGUAUGGAGGAACCUGUCGUGUACUCUUCUUCUUAUCUUCCAAGUUUAGUGCAAAUACAACCAACCAUGACCACGCAAAAGGAAGAAAAGAGAUGA